GCAUUGCCCCGCCCGUUCUCCCGCCCAGUUUCGCUGUUCCCUGCUGAAGUUGCAUGCCGUCCUCCCACAGUGCAAUCGCGGAGCGGUGCGGUCCCGGGCAGCGUCUCCGCUCCCGGUCUCGCUGUCUCCGUGCCCUGCUGCUGCGUGGCGCUUCCGAGGCGCCCCCCGUCGGGCGCGGCGCGGGCUCCGUGCGGCUUCGCCUCCGCAGCAUGGGCACAGGGGCCGGCCGGAGCGGGGGUCGGGCUUAAAGCAUCGGGAAGCUCCUGCGCGCUCCCCGAGGGGAGGAACGGGCGGCGGCGGGAGAGGUGUUGGCCGGGUGUCCGCGACUAGCGGAUCCGGAGCCGCCACCACCAUCACCACCAUCACCACCCAGGCCUUUCUGGCCGCUCCACGGAGCCUGCGGGCCAUGAACGCGAUGCCGGGCGAGACCGAGGAUCCGACCAGCCGCGAAGCGCAGACGGUGUUUGAGGCCCUGGGGCGCUACGAGGACACGCUGCGGGGCGCUGUUCGGGAGAUCCAUGCGGACAUCCAGGUGUUCAAGCAAGGGGUGGGACGGCAGGUGGAGGAGGUGCUGCGCCUUGCUAGCCCCCUGGCACACACUGUCUCAGAGCUGCAGCAGGAGAACCGGCGCCUGCGGGUGCAGCUGGAGCGCCUGGCUCGACAGGUGGAGGCCCUCGGCCAGUCGGCGGGACUGCUGCAGGACUGGCCAGACGGGGCAGAGGAGAGCCCCCCGCCUGCGGGACCUGGCUCUCCGGGGCCGCCUUUGGCCAGUGGCAGGUUCUCCAGCCAUGCGAAGCUAGCGGUGGCUGGCCGGAGCCAAAGUGUGGACCUGGAUGACCACCACAAACCUGAGUUUAGAAGAGUUUUUAGUUCUUCUAUCAUUGAAAAUGGACACCAGUCUUCAUCAGGUCAGCCAAACGUCUCCCGUGAACUGACCGCUUUUCGCAUGUCAGAUUCUUCCCCUGAGGCCCACGCCCCUGCAGUCACAUUACAGAUGCCUCACCUUCCUGUUACUGCAGUAACCAGAAUAUCAGGAGAAACCAUAUGUUCAACAGGAGCAGCUAAUGCAUCUACUGGCAUUCUUGGACAGAGCAAGAGCAAAAAUGAGAUGGUAUUGAAAACUUCCAGCCAGUCAGUGAAGGCAUGGAAUUCAAGUACAUUGAGAACAUUGGCUUCAUCUGCCACUGGAGAGAAUACCACAUCUAUCGCUAAGCCUGUCUCAACUGCAAGCUGUGGGAUGAGCAGUGGAACCAAAGCUGGUGAAAGGGCAGCUGACAGUUACUGUGAUGUGACAUCCAAGCCUAACUCCUCGUCUUCUACUACACAUCACCAAGUUCAAAGGAGGCGAGAACUGGUGCGAUCUCAAACGCUCCCACGGACUAUGGGAACACAGUCCCGGAAAGCGCUUUUUGAGAAAUUUGAACAAGACAGUGCAAAGGGAAAAGGAGAAUCCAGAGCUAAACUGAAGAGAUCGCAGAGUUUUGGGGUUGCCAGCGCUAGCAGCAUUAAACAAAUUUUGUUAGACUGGUGUCGCUCAAAAACCAUAGGAUACAAGCAUAUUGAUCUCCAGAACUUCUCCUCAAGCUGGAAUGAUGGGAUGGCAUUCUGUGCGCUUGUGCAUUCUUUCUUCCCUGAAGCUUUUGAUUAUAAUAAGCUUGACCCAGCUAAUCGCAAGCAGAACUUUGAGCUGGCUUUCACCAUGGCUGAGAAAAUGGCUCACUGCGAUCGUCUGAUAGAAGUGGAUGACAUGAUGGUGAUGGGCCACAAGCCAGAUCCCAUGUGUGUCUUCACCUAUGUCCAAUCUCUAUACAAUCAUCUACGACGCUUUGAAUAAAAGCAUCACCACCUCUCCAGCCAGAAGGGUCAAGUACAGUAUGCUAAUGGAAAGACUGAUAUUUUGCAAAUAGAACACUAUUUCUUGCUUUUUACUGUCCCUCUGCUUGCAUUCACGUGUGUUGCUGAAUGAAGUGUUGCUGAGCAGCGCCUCAAAGUGUUGAUCAUAUCAGCAAGUCAGUAACACAAGAAGUGUGUUUGAAAAUGACAAAGAAUGUGGGAAAAGAUAAAUGCUGUGAUUUUGGUGCUAAUAGUAGGUUGGAUUUGUAAUAUUCUUGUAAAGAUUACAGGAAGCUAAAUUUUUGCUCCUGUCUCUGUUAGACUCACAGAAUGGUUUGGGUUGGAAGCAACCUUAAAGAUCAUCUGGUUCCAAUGCCCCUGCCAUGGGCCGAGGCACUUUUCGCUAGACCAGAUUGCCCAAAGCCCCAUCCAACCUGGCCCUGAAUACUUCCAGGGAUGGGGCAUCCACAGCUUUUCUACCGUGAACUACUUUAUUAGCUGUUUGGAGGGGGGGGGGGGAGCAUGCAAAGGUAAAGUCUAAACUAACUGCUAAAGACUUGGAUCACCAAGUUCUGUUUGAAGUGUGCCUAGCCUUUGACACUGUGGAAACAACUUUGAAAGCAUGUUUUAAAUACGUAUCUUAAUACAUAUCUGAAAGAUACUUGGUUAAAAUAACAGGAUCCCAGGUACUGCUAAUAUAACUUUAAUGCAAGUGAGCAGGGGUCAGGCAGGCCUGUUACACAUUUGUAAUGUCUGCCAUUGUUUUCAGUUUUUACUUUGUUUAGAAUGACCAUAGUUCUGAGGAAUGUGUGCACCUGUUGCACACUCCAACAUAUGCACUAUAAGGAUGAACACACCAUACUUGUGUUUUGCAGAAGUGAUCAAAUUAGGCACAAUGAGAAAUCUGUCUACAAUUGGUAUGUGAAAUGCAUAGUUCCAUUCACACAGCAGAAUACUUCUCAUUAGCAGAAUACUUCUUAUUGACUAGCAGAGCCAAGUUCAAGCGUGGCUACAACAUGAGGAGCAAUACUGGUUUUAUACAUUGAAUUAGUUCACAGUCCCAGGUCAUGGGUGAUUUUCCUGUGUGAUGUAAGUCUUAACAACGCAGGUAAGUGCUUGGCCAAUUUAGGCCUAGUAGAAAAUAAUUAUGUAAAGGAAAUUUUAGACAGCAAAAGUACUGCCAAUUCACUAGGGGGAAAUUACAUCCUUGCUACAGUUUAGCUUGUUCACAGCUACCCAAAAGCCAUUUGCAGUUUCCAAAUCUCCUCUCACUUUAGAGAGGUGAUGGUGAGGAUUACUUGGUACUUGCCAGCAAAAUGAUUGCAGGGGAGGGGAAGACUGUAGGCUGAUUUUUUAACUGCUGAUGUAUGUAAAGAGAUGAUAGAGAUGAUGUUAUCACAGAAUUUUAGAAAAGUCUGUCUGUGUGCAUUAAAAGAAUGCCUGAUCUAAACUGUAUAACCUGGACUAUUGGAUUGUAUAAUUAAAUUGAAAUUAAAGUAUGUAAU